CGCAGUGCAUCAUCGGUCAAGGAUUGUCAUCAUAAUUGGUAAGAUCGUCAGUGACAACACCGGAGCCUUACCUCAUGACAUAAAAGGGAAGCGACAGCUAGCAGCGCACCCGACAGGUAAGCACGUGGUUUGCUUGUGUUGCAACCGUUCGGAAGCGAAUUGACACACAAUUCGCAUUGUAUCGCACAAAUGUCCGGCCGACCGUCUUAUGUCGAUCAUCAAUCAAUUCAGCUUACAGUGGAGGCUGUAAACGUAGCGUAACAGGCAAGACGAAACACGAACUGAGAAGCGACGACAAUGACGAUAAUGCUCCCCUGUCGAUGGCCGGCUGUGUCGAUUAGACAACAAUUCGGACCGAACCGGACUGAUAAUGGGAAAUUCGAGCCACCGAGCCACUGGCUGGAGGUAGGACGGACGAACGAACGAUUAGCACCGGGCACCAGGGGCUAGCCCGCGUUGUAGAAUGAACAAGCGAACCGAUCGCGUACGAAGAAGAGCCCAACGAUCUCGGGCCGUGGCAGUGGGGAAAAAUCUUCGCGAUUCUCGCUGCCGUGCCCCAUUUAAGCGGUGGCAGUGGCCAAGAAGUGAGUUCGAUUUGAACCGUUUUACCUACCAUUCGGAGAAGCGCAUCCGCCAUCGAAGCAAGCAAACCCAGAAAUUCCGCAUUAGACCCCGCGCCACUUCCAAGAUGAUGUCCAGAAAGCUGAUCGAUGAAAGCCGGGAAGGAUACCUGGAGAAUGAAAACUCCCCCUUCCUGAUCAGCAACUACGGGUACGGCAAGGACAGCGUGAAGGUGAUGCACGUGGUGCGCAGCGGGCUGGUGCACACGAUAAAAGAGUUUGAGGUGGGCACAAAGCUGAAGCUACGCAGCCAGAAGGACUAUCUGGAGGGCGAUAACAGUGACAUUGUGGCAACGGAUUCGCAGAAAAACACCGUCUACCUGUUGGCGCGCAAGCACGGCCUCAAAUCACCGGAAGAGUUUGGCAUCCUGCUGUGUCAUCACUUUCUCAGCAAGUACUCGCACGUGGAGGAGGUGUCGAUACACAUCGAGGAGUAUCCGUGGUCGCGGAUGGGCUUCGGUACCGGCCCGUACAAGGAUCUGCAUAAUCACGCGUUCGUCUUCACGCCGACCGCCAUCCGGUACACGGACGUCACGCAGAAGCGAACCGAAAUCAAACCGACCGUCAUCAGUGGGCUGACGGAUUUGCGCGUCCUCAAGACGACACAGUCGGCGUUCGUGAACUUCGUCAACGAUGAGUAUCGCUCACUGCCCGACCAGCAUGACCGCAUCUUCAGCACGGUGGUUCGUUCCUCCUGGCAGUACUCAACCGUCACCGGGGUUGAUUUUGAUUACUGCUGGAACAAGGUGAAGCAGUGCAUCCUGAACAACUUUGCGGGCGAAACGGAGAAGGGCAUCUUUUCGCCGAGCGUCCAGAACACGCUCUACCUGGCGGAGAAGCAGGUGCUGGAGACGAUACCGGAAAUUUCGUCCAUCGACAUGACGAUGCCAAACAAGCACUACUUCACGUUCGACUUCAGCAAGUUCCCGAAGGUGGUGAACGAGGUCGAGCUGAAGGAGGAGACGGUGUACGUGCCGGUGGACAAGCCGGCGGGCAUCAUCUACGCCCAGCUCGAUCGGAAAUCGGAUCAGUACGUGAAGAGUAAGCUGUGAGAUGGAUGUCUGUGGAUGGAUGGAUGGAGAACUGUGGCCCGCGAAACCUGGCAACGCUAGUGGACUGUUUGUUAUUGGUUUUAUUCUAUGAACGCUAAGGUGUGUCCUCAAGUAAACGUAUGCGUAAGUGAUGAUGUCAUGCCGAGCUUCCCAGUAUGGUCAUCUUGGCUAGAAUGUAUCUCUGUCCCGUGAAUUAUUGCUGAAUGUUUGCACGACUUUGAAGCGCCAAUUGUUAUUACUUAUCGUUUUUGUGGUCCUCUUUUUAUGGUAAAAAUGAAGCUCCAAAAAGGUUAUGAUUCAUGCAAACAAACGACACUUUUCGAAUGUUUGCGUGGUGAAACAAGUGAAGCAGUCAAACAAUUAAUUCUUUGAAAUUGAUGCACACACCCUUUGGAACAUGCAUCAAAGAAUUGGAGGGAAAAUCAAUUUGUUUGAUUGAAGCGUUGAGUGUGGGAAGUGCAUUUGUAUCAUUUUUUGCAUUUAUUACACUCCCACAGAGUAGCAGAGCAGCCAGAACGUUCCAGUUUGAUUGUUAAUAUAAGUCGAUAAGGAUAAUUUUAUCUCAAUAAAUGAUAUUAUAGCAUUA